AUGGUCCGUGAAUCGUGCGAAAAUCGUGAAUACAAGCAUGAGAAGAUCCCUUGAACCAGUGAUGAGAAAUCUUUCAACACAGCGAUACAGCUUGCUGAACAUCUGGAUAUCCCUCAUCAGGAAGUGUAUAUGUCUCAUCUUGAGUACCUACUGAUGGAUUUCUGGUUGUACUACACACUGAUCGAAAAGUAUUCAAAGGACUGCGAAGCAAAGUUGGCAGCUGGUCAGCACGUAGCAGCGUUAGAUAUGUUUCUCAAGGGAUGUAAAGACAUUGACUACAAACUUCUGCUGGCAGCUGAGCCGGACGACCUGACCUGCAUCAUGCCGUUUUUGAGCAGUUCAAGGCUCAAUAUUAUUGCUCAUGCUGUUAGUCAGAUACCGGGCAAAGGCUUCCGUCGCGAAGAUGUUAUUGUUGUGUGGGCCUUAAAAGUGUUUUUGGAAAAUCGUUCUAAGGCCACCGUCGAAGCAUCAGUAGGGAAGUGCUUUCCAAUUAUCGACAGCUUACCACCAGACGCUGCAAUAAAAGCCAUGCGUGCCAUCCUCUUUUCAAAGUAUUCGUUCGAGUCGUUUGCCAAUAUCGAUGAACGUUUGAGCUUCAUCAAUGAAUGUCUGUUGCAUUUCGGGUGCUCAACGAAACACCGCUCGUUUCACGGACUGAAAGUUGAACUGGACGAAAUGAAGAAGUUUUUUCUUUCUGUCAGACAGUGUAUUUUGCUUCUUGGGGACAAACUUGUUUAUCAUGCGUUUUUUGAUUCAUUGAUUUCCUGUAGCGGAGACGUUACUAAGAUUCAGCGUUUCAUCAGUGAAGUCACCAUUAAUGACCGAAACUUUGACCUUGCUGAAGGGUUGCUUUGUUCUUUCAAGGCUGUUAGUCCCAGAGCAACGAUGAAAACGUGUGCAGAUUGUCUGGCUGACUAUUUGACUCGACCGGAAAAAUCAGGAUUAGCAGUGACCAUUAUUCAAGAACUGUGUAAGCGUGACUCACCAUUGGCUAAAUAUCUGAAGACCAGUCUGCGUGACAUAUGUCAGGAAAAGCAGUUAUUAAUUGACAUGGAGAUCCUGCAGUAA